AUGCAGAGUGGUACAAAAUGCAAACGUGGGAUUCCUCACGAUGCUGAGGCUCAACAACAACCACCAUCAAAGCCGGCUUAUGAAAUUGGUUCUUAUGUGAUGGCACGAUGGAGAAAUAAUUAUGAAUACCUUGCAGAGGUUUUGGCCUAUCGCCAAAGGUCACGCGACCACCUGGAAUAUCGGAUUAAGUUUAGUUGGGAUGGUAUCGUUGAAUGGACUCCAGCAUCAUCUAUCCGUCGUGCCGAACAAAGCGAAAUCAACUAUGUAUUGAGGUUUAUUCGCCAGCACAAGCAAGCAGAAUUGAUGAAGAAGGAGAUUAGUGAAGAGCAUGAAAGGAAAUCCGUUGUUGACGCUAAUGAUAGUUCAAACGAUGCACCUGUUGCCAAAGGUGAUAUGCUCUAUGAUCGCAGUAUUGCCCAAUUUCAUGAAGCUUGUCGAAAGAGGCGGGAGCUGAAGAAACGAGCUGUUUCAGGAGAGUUAGAAGGGUCAAAGGUCGAAGAACCACCAAAUUUGGCGGAUGCAGGCGUUCCACUUCCAAAUAGGUCUGGAGUCAUCAAAUCAGAGCCGUCUGGUGUGACCAAACGGUCAAGUGCUACGGUCCGAAAGGUACCUCCUAAACCAACUGAGGUAGUUGACUUAGCCGUUCCGUCGCAGAAAAUACCUCCCACUACAUUCCAGUGUCCUCAUUGUCCUCGGAAAAUGCGUAGACAAUGUCUGUUAACAGCCCACCUUCAGAAUUAUCACAGUACAAAGAGCACUUCACCGCCAUCAGCUGCAGAAUCUGCACCUGCACCGAAGAAGAAGAAAGUAGAACCAGAGGUGGAGAGCUCAUCGGCGCCUGCCACUGCCCAGCCAGAACGAUAUGUUUUCUGUCCUACGUGCAAAUUUAGCGGUUCCACGACGGAACUCGUGCAAAAUCUCAUCCAGUGCAUUGUUUGUCGGGUGUGGUCUCAUAGGGUGUGUACCUCCCAGGACACAGCCAAGUCGUGGAUUUGCACGUUCUGUCAACGGGCGCCCUCUCGCUCCGGUCUCACUGAUUGGACAGCUGAGGCGGCAGAAACUAGUGUAGUGACCAUGUCGCAGCCAGGUGAUAAUCCUAGCUUGGCCCAAGUGGUGCAAGAGACCAUGAGUCUGGUUACAUGGCUGCGUCACCUCAAUACAUUGAUCGUGACUGGUCGUCGAACGCUCUGCCGAAUUAGAGGGCUGUCUGGAGGCUGUGGUAGCGGCAAUCGUGAUGCACAGUCCACCGCGACUACUUCAAACGCACCAAAAGAGACUUCUGCAGACUCUACGACUGCUGACUUGGCUAUGGAUUUUACCUUUAUUUCUGGACCUCAAGCAGUCGCCGGCGAGGAACAUUUAAGUGCACUGGAGUCCACAGACAUCACACGAAUCCUGGCCAACCUUGCAAACAGCUCACCAGAAGAUCUGCCUGAUCUGAUGACUGCCAUCUCUGAUGACCUACUCAACGUUCCGGCUUCGACACAGCAGUGUCAACCGCCAAUGCAAGUCCAGUCAACCUCACCAGGCCAGACUGUGGCGCCAACUCCACUUUCACAAUCAGGUGCCAUUUUUGACACGCCGACUAAGACUCUGCUGGCGAGUCUGGAGCAGGUGCUGUACCAAGGCGGAAGCGGAGGGAGCAACGGCAAACCCCUUCCUCCACCCACGGCUACCACAAUUGAGGCAGAUCUGCAGCGGUCUCUGUCGAUUGACGCCGCAUCACCUUUCUUCACGACACCGGUGAAGAGUCUUCGCAGCGCGAGCACAAGUGUCAGUGAUAUCGAGGCUGCAGCCAGUCUGAUCGGCUUCGCCGAGAGCUCUGGUCGCGCCGAAUUUGGCCUGUCCACUGCACUCACCACACCCUCUUGUGACGAGGCCAAGUCACAAAAGUUGUCGAACGAUCUCGACCGAUUGGAAUCGGAUAUUCUAGUUCCACUGGAGGAGAUGAUAAGCCUCAUUGAAUCGCGGCUUGACGUAAUCGAGUUGCAAGUUGCAAGGAUCCAGGGGAACCAGGCAGUAGUGUUAACUCACCCGAAUGCCGAGAACCGAGAUAGGAUGAAUGAAGGUGAUGAUGAUUCAGUGUCAGGACUCUCAAGGACACCCGGCUUCUCUCAUUCCUCCCUCUCGCCCUCUUCCUCACGUUCCCUGUCCCCCACGUCACCCCAAGAAGGUGGCGGUGAUGCCCAGUCGACCAGGGUCAUCUAUCCCCAGCCCAAAUUCGCACCCAAACGUCGAACAUACCAGCGCUCACCGUAUUAA